AUGAAUUUAUCUCAUAAGGCGAUCAAUGCUAUUUGGGCAUCGAUGUUCAUUCCCUACAAUCUUUGCAUCCUUACUCGUGGUUGUUCUCCUCCCACCGAACGAUAUUAUCAUGGACAUGAAACUAUUUGUAUGGGACGUACAAACAUUGGACUAGGGCUUGUUUAUGAUAUGAUAAAAGCAAUUUGCACAGUUUCUACACCUGUUUGUUGUUGGAGUAGUCUCAAAGCGAUCGUUUCAAUGGCUUGCAAUAAGAUAAAUUUUUCAGGUGGUGCUGAAAUAAGACAUCAUGUUUGA